AUGAGACCAUCAACGUUGGCCUUUGGUGCCGCCGUGGCUGCUGCCGGCGUGAGCGCACAAAGUGCCGUGUCAGCACCCGCCGGCAUCCCGCAACUAGACCGUGCAAUAAGUCAAGGCUGCUUCACUUCAAAGGCCAAUAUGACGACACUCGACCCUCAAAUCCCCGGCGAUAGGAUGUCCUCGGGUUCCUGCAACGCUGGCUGCAAAGAAGCUGGGUAUUGGGUGUCGGGUUUGCAUGGUCCGCAGUGCUUAUGUGGUUUUGCUAUGCCUCCAGAAAACGCUUUGGUUGACGACUCAAAGUGCAAUGUUGGCUGCUCAUCAUACCCCCAAGAAGCCUGUGGCGGCAAGGAUACAUAUACUAUUUUCAACCUCGGUGUACAAAUCGACCCCCCUGUGUACAACCCGUCCAAGUCUAGCACGGCAGCAGCCUCUAGCAAGACUAGCAAUACCGACGCCACAGCCACAGGAAGUCCAUCCGCCGCUCAUACCAGUGCCACUGUUACCGAGACGUCGAAGCCUGUGCAGACAUCGCAGCCAGAGAAGAGCGGACCGAAUGUUGCUGGCAUCGCCGCCGGAGUGGUUGUUGGUGUCAUUGUCACCGGAGCUGCGAUCGGCGGCUUCUUCUUCUACAUGAGGCGUAAGCGCAACGCCGAAAUUGAGGAAGAGCACCGUAGAAAUGCCGCUGUCAGUGCGUUCAUUAGCGGUUCAACGCCACCCAGCAGUCAUGGUAGCAUCUCUAUGACCGACUCACGUAUGGACCCUGUCAUGGCUCACCGGAGGAUGAGUGAUGGUAGUAUCGCAGACAAUGAAGACUAUUCGCGAAAGAUUUUGAGAGUCACCAACGCUUGA